CAGCCCAUACAUACAGACACUUAAUCCCUGAAACCAACCAUCUUGGCUGAUAAUAAUAACGAACCCCUAAGGUAAUUGAAUAACCAACAAUAGAAAUUAUCUUUCUCCGUAGAUUCGAUCCCCAGCCUCCAUAGCUUAACCCUCGACCUCGAUCGACCUAGUUUCAGAUCCCGAGUAAGUCGGUGACUGUUAUUUCUUGCAUGAGACAGGCCCAUUAAUAAUCUGGCCCAAACACACAAAAUUACUAAUAAAAAUUACCCGAUACGUCGUCCAAGUGAAAUUUACACGUCUAGUAACCCUAAUCGGAAAAAAAGGAAAUAGAAGAGCAUAAAAACGGUAACUUGAGUCCCACCCAACUCACUCCCCAGCUUCUUUUGUUUUCAUCACAUUCCAUUCUCCACAAGCACGAACUUGCCAAUUCUCCAUCUACGUACCAAACCUUAAGUCCAUAGAAGAAUAUGGCUAAGAUUACUCUGAGGGUUGUUAGAAAGCCCAACUUGAUGAAGAAGAAGAAGAAGAAGAAGAAGCAGACGAAUACUAGCAUCUCUGUCAAAAAGAUAACCAAAUCAUCUUUCGAGACCGCCCAUAAAACCCUAGACAACGACGAUAACAACAAAGGUAGAAUCAAUUCGUCCUCGUGGGUUAAAUCUCUCUUACUCGGAAGCGGAGCGCACGGUUCCGUUUAUCUAGGUACCAGCAAGACCAAGACACACCAAACCGGUGAAAGAGCCAUCAAAACGGCUGAGCUUUCUCACGCUUCAAGCCUCAUGGGCGAAGGCAGGAUCAUGAUCCGUUUACAAUCUCCGUUAAUUGUCCGUUGCUACGGCGAUGAGAUCGCACGCGAGGACUACUCUACGCAAUACAAUCUGAUUCUCGAGUAUUGCUCUGGCAAAACCAUUGCCGACUUGAUCGAGGAUAAUCACGGCGAGCUACUUGAGUCGGAGGCCAAAGUCUUCGCUAGAGAUGUCUUGUCUGGUCUCACUUACAUUCACGACAGAAACAUCAUUCACUGCGACAUCAAACCCGACAACCUCUUACUCUCCCCUACCUAUGUCCGGUUCAGGUCUACUGGGUACUUGACCAAGAUUGGAGAUUUUGGAUUAGCUAUGGAGAAAGGGUCGGUAGAGUACGGUAACGGAUACGGCCACAAGAGAGGCACCACGAGGUAUAUGGCUCCGGAGCUUAUUGGGCAUGGCUUUAUGGACUUUGGAGCGGACGUGUGGGCCUUUGGAUGCACGGUCUUGGAGAUGUUAUCCGGAACAGCGGUUUGGGGAGAAUAUGGUGAUCUUGCUUUUGAUGAUUGGGUCAAUCUCAUUGGCCACAGCGAUCGCAUGCCUCAUGUACCGGCUUGGUUAUCUAAAGAUGCACUUGAUUUCUUGAGCAGAUGCUUGGAGAGAGACGUUAACAAGAGGUGGUCUACGCAUGAACUCUACAACCAUCCUUUUGUUCUGCUAUGAGGAAGGCGAAGAAGAUAAACUAAUUUGAUGUUUGAUCUUUCUUUCAAUUGUUUGGAACAGUUUUGUAUUCUUCUCGUAUAUGAUAUGUUUUGUCGUUUGGUAAAGCCUUGUAAUUGCUACUUGUAUCACUUUCACUUCUGUUUCUCAUUACUAGUAUAUCAGUGAAGUCUUCUAAUUUCUAUUUGUACCACUUUGAGUUUUGUUGUUUUUUUCAUUAUUACUUAUUAGUAUACAGUUCUUGAACCAAUUCGCUAUAAUGAAUGAUUGUUAUAAAAGAGAUCCAAUUCUGUAUCUGAAGAAACCAUUACGAGAAACCAUAUUUUAUGGAAAGUCUUUACGCAAACUCAUUGGUCAAUGUUUGUCAAAUUUGGAAGGUGUGGUA